CGCUAAUUCCGCAGUGGAGUCUGGUGUAAUUACAGUCGCUGGUUCCGCUGUAGGUGUGCUGCAUGUGAGUGUAAGCAGAUCCAGCCAAUAUGCAUACGAUGACAGACGAUAAAACACAAGCAGACGAUCGAUCGGGAAUGAUUGCUCAGCAGUUUCUGUGUACCAGGGCUUGCAUCAGAAACCCAGCAGGAUGAUUACAUCAUUACAUGUUACAAACUUAUCGGACAGACAGUUGGAAAGUGCUGGGAGACGUCUGGUAUAAUAAUAUUCCCUGUUUGCUAUAGGGUAUAUACCCGAAAGGAAGGUGGGCUUAUUUGGCGGGGUGAUAAUCUCGUCUGCUCGCACACACCGCCAGGACAGUUGGACUGCCACGUCCGUUGCAGUAGUCGUGGGAUCAGCUGGCUGCCAAAUAUACCUGUGGUUUCACUGACAGCGUGGAGACCCCGAUAUACCGCCGUCCUACAUUGGAAGUGUCACGUGACCUAUUCACGGUAGCUGUUUGCCAGUGGAGAAGCGACUGUGAUAUUGUGUAGUCUGUUUUUGUUGCAACUUAAUUAAUCUGGAUUCUUCAGCAGUGACAACCAGUGAUUAUAACAGAUAAGGAGCAGCGCGGAACGAGGAAUACCAUUCCAGAGGGAAACCCAACAACCCUGGUUACUGACCCUUUGCAGUGCAGCGCUAUUGAAGCCCGGACAGACAAGGGUGGAGAGUGAGAAGAUACGCAAGCUUUUUCCCGCCAAUAAGUGACAACACGUGAGACGUCUCCGAAGAGGACUAUAUGUGGUAUUUCUGUGGAACUCCGGUUACUAAGACAAGUAGUUAUUGAUUGGCCUGAUGUUACGUCGGAGAUGUGAGUCGUCAGUGUGUAGUUUUAGGUGUGUGUGAUACCCGCGCCGUCAUCAUGGCAGGCCGUCCCAUCAAGCUGUACGACGCCUCGGAGACGAAUGGGGGUGGGGGCUCCUACCAGCCCACGUUCAUGUACGAACCGGAGAGUCCGGUGCAGCUGUUCGAUGCGGCCAAGUAUAGGGAGAAUGAUAAUGUAAACAAUAACAACACGACGGAUUACUCUAAGACCGUCCAGGUGAGCAAAGCCCCCGACACCUUCCCUUGCGGACAUGUCCUGUGCCACCACUGCCUUCGGAAACACAUGGCUAGACGGUAUACCAGUCUGAGGUGUCCCAUCUGUUUCAUGAGGUUUGACUAUGGGAGCGUUCCACCGUCACCGAUGUCGCCAAUGUCCCCGCUGUCACCCAUGUCCCCGCUGUCGUCAAUGACGCCGAGUACAUCAAUGUCUUCUGUGGCCUCCUCUUCGGCGUACGACAGUGAACAAGAUGCAAGUAUCUCAUUGUUGACCAACUUCGACGAAAUCGUGAAAAAGUUUAAUGGAGUGAACCACAACUUGAGGCGUUUGAAGAGCGAGAGUGUUCAGAGCCGGAGCCUUGGGAUGACUUACACCAGCACACUGUGUGACCUUUGUGGGGAGGAUCACGGAACGCUCAAGGUCAUCCAAGAGUUCAAUCAGUUGUCCUUGAACCAUGAACGGCCAAGCAGACUGACCACCUACUUCUACCGUCUGGCCCAGGGGAAGAUGCAGACGACAUUCUUCACGAAGGUGAACAGCGCCUGUGUCUGCGUGCCCUGCUCAUACAAGGAACUCCGCGAGACCAACAACUUCCCAGAGCUGCAGUACAUCUCGGACACAGAUGCGAUAUCAAAGCCUCAGUCUUGCUUGGCUGAGGUCGGGAAGCUGAUUGCUAGGAACGCCGCUCCAGUCAUGGCGCUGAAGGGGAAGAAUGUCAUCGAAGUUGACCACACUAUCACCAUCAGGGAACGCGCCGACCAGUUUGACUUCAAUGACACGGUAGAGCGCGUGGAGAAGAUGGUCAAGCAGCAGGAGAAAGACUUGGUCAACAUGGCCACCAAACAGAUCCGAGACACUGGCAAGUUGUACCACGUUCAGGAGAGCAAUGAGGUGGAGAUGGACUUGGAUGAAACCGUUGUGUAGAUGAAGUGGUUGAACUACAUCGAUCUGUGAACGCUUGUAUAUAGACAUACGUGAAGGAAGUCUGCUAAAUGAGCAACUACGUUGAUUUGUGAACUGAUGUAAAUAGUGUAACUUAUAUGGAACUUCUCGUUUGCAGUUCUGAUAAUCUGAUUGGAUGGUGUGAGUUCAUAUAUAUAGUAAGUAAUAACAUGGCUAAUGCCUCGUCACUCCGAGAAAGAGAUUCUUUGGUGGCAGACUCUCGGUGCAGGACUAUCGGGUCAUGAUGUUCUGGAUUCCUGCUGUUUCUUGAGUGGCAUUCUGCAAGUGAAGUUGGACAAUAUAGUGACAUGCUUCGAUUAACUGUUUUAUGCAACAAGUCAGUAGUUACACGCAAGUGUUAUCAACGUGUGUACGUACAUGUACCCAAAUCAACAUUUGUGGGUAGGUGUUAAACAGUAAUUAUAUGCAUUUGUUCGACCUACAUUUAAGACACCCUUGUAUAAUAACCAGUGAUGCAACAGGAUUGAUGAUGAUGAUGAUGAUGAUGAUGUGUACACUAACAGGAGCAUGGGAUAAUGGAUGUAACGGUCGCCAAAACAAGAGCCAAUAUUUCCUGGAACACCAUUCAGCAUGGCAUGUGUAUAGAUAGUCUGGUGGCGGAGUGUGUUGAUGGAGUUACCCCUGGUGUAUAAUAGUGGAGCGGUUCUGUGGACAUCAUCAUCACGUGUGCAUCUGCAUCAGCUGUCAGGAAUCCGUCUCCCUCCGUCGCCAGCUCUAUCCCAGGUGUUGUCAGUGUUCUGUACAAAGCCCAUCAUUUGCAUUCCAGUGAGUUAAUGGUGCAGCUAAAACAUAAUGCUGAAGUCGACUGACCACUGCCUCGUGUUUCCUUGGAUGUGCCCGGUGUGACCUGGCAGCGUCUGUGGUGCCCGCGGAGCUACACCCAGCAGAUGGCCCGACCACAGACGAGGAGUAGUUACCACCUAUAACCGCCUAGAUGCUGCUCGAACCACACCUUCAGGGAGAUUAGUGACGUCAUAGUGAUUGUGUGUGACAGAUUCGAGUGACGUCAUAGUCAUUGUGUGCGAUGCAUAUGAGAACUAGUAGUGACCUAGGUGUGUUGUAUACAGGAGUCAAAGAACGGCGUGACUGACUUGGAUUACCCCAGGUUAUACCAGGUUACCCCAGAAACGUGGUAACAAGGUGUGAACAGGUCUGUCCUUGUUCCAUUUUGUAUGCGUCGUUCAGGAAGCUGCAUUCACAACGGACACAUUAGCGAGUCAAUUUGGACUUCAUGGCAAACAACUGUGAAUAGAGUGACUUGUAGCAAUAGAUGACUGUGAUUUAUGACACGGCCUUUCAUUGAAAUGUCUUUCUGACAACAACAACAUGUCCUUCUCGGAGGAAAUAGACGCGGUAAGCAAGCGGGCAGGUAUGUCGACCAUCACGUGACUGGGAAAGCGACAUAUUUGUGUUCUAGUGCAUUCUUAGAAAUAUUCCACUUGACAUAUUAACUGAACAUAGUUCAUUCGUUUUGACCAUGAUUUUAUCCCUCGAACACUAGGGGUGAGUGCGCCACACUGUCUACGUUUCUGAAUGUGGCAAACUCUUGACUUGUUUUAGUUGUCUGCUGGUUGACAGAGGGUAAUGCUGAGUCAGGGUGUUUUAGAUGUGCCUGUUGCUGGCGACAUAACAUGGGUGUUAGGUUCGCAUAGUCAUAAUAUGUACAUACACCGGGAAAUGGGCCAACAUCCCUCUAUUGCAUAUGCAAGUCUAACAUCAUUGUUCUUACUUCCGUUCUUUCACCAUAGUGCUAUCAGAGAAUAUCUGGGAUCUUCUUUUGCCGCAGCAUAAUGUUGGAUACUCUAUAAUCAAACUGUUACCAUAACGAUCACCCGGUUCAUCUGACCUAAAUCACCUGGAUUCUAAUUUGUACUGUACUGGGUUGACCUUGGCACACUGCCAUAUGUAGCAUUUCGAUUGGAACAUAUGGUGUUAUUGUUAACUGGUACACAUGGACUAUUGAGUGCCGGGAAAUGACUCGGGUAUCCGCAACUGUUUUGAUGUACAGCUACAACUCUCACAAAAUAACAAUUUCUUGACCACUUUCUGAAACCUCUUUCAAUAAAUAUGUUAUUUCGAAAUGAGUACGUCAUCAAGUACGGAAUGGAUCAGUAGGUGUAGCCGUACAUCAACACUGUCCCCGACAACCUAGUAGGCGACGCCAUGUUGACGAUGUAGCUAUACUUGAAUUUUGUUGUUGCCGUAAUUGUUGAUUUAUAUGCAAAAAUAUGACGUGACUCCUGGCAAGUGAAAAUAUUUGACGGAACUCAACCUAGCUACUGAGCACAGAGCUGAUUAUUAUUUUGUAUGAUUAAUAUCAUUUUCCAAAAGAAACACCGGGCCCCCACUUCCACCCCACCUGGUCGGUCCCACCACUAGCCCAACCCGUUCUCUACUGGGGUGAAUGUGAAGCCGACCUACAGUGGCAGGGAAGUCAAGGUACCAUGGACGUUUUAACGGGGGAGAUCCGAGAAGGACUCCCUCCAUAUUAAGCUACCCUCGAUAUACCGUGGUGUGAACGAGUUUCGGAAUAUACAUGUACAUGCACCUGGUUUUGAGGAGGGAAUUUAUCUUCAUGAUAUUUUCAUUUUUUAUUGUUUUACGGGUAAAUUGAGUGAGAAAUUGCUGCCUGAGGAUCCGUUAUAACACUUGCCAGUUGAAUGUCUUGAUAUUAACAAUGUGAUGAAUGUUUAAUUACGGUCCGUCAUAUUCGUGCUCCGUCUCAGGCGCCCGAUCAGUCUUACAUUGUCGUAUUUCUUCAUCGUCUAAACUCCCAAACAUACUCAACUGUGUCUUCACCUCUGUAAAUCCUGGCUUUUUUCUACACAUAUUCGUCAGCAAUACGACCCGUCUCUUGUACCCAUCAUCCGUGCUUUGUACAUUGAGCAAGAUAUAGUCAAGGGAGAUUUGGAUCUGGCCCCGUUGCUAUAGCAACAGUAUACCCACGUGUCUUUCAGGAUGUGUUUAGGGUGGUCUGGGGCCUGCAUGGUGCUGUUGAGCUGUAUAUUGUCAUGUUGUGUAUAAUCAUUUACCGUCGACACCACAUAAUAUUACGAUAUUACCUAAUUAAAGCAGAAUACACAUCGAUAUCAAGAACGACAACUGUGCAGUUCGGGGAUGGGGUGGGUCUCAUAAUUCAAUGUUGGAGGGGUUCUAUGCACAGUGCGUGAUUGCUGUUAUUGAUAAGUUAUGAAUGAGUCAUAAUGAUUUAUUUAUGAGGCAACAGAUGCUACACAGUUGUGUCUUGCUCGGCGUGUAUUCUGCCAUAUUCACCUAUGCACAAGUUUUGCCAGAACCAGGGAUAAUCUACAACAUAUAUAUAGUCUUAUAGUCUCCCUGCCAGAACGUACCCAGCAUAACGAUAAAGUGCUAUGAAGUGUACAGCAAGAUGAACAGCGAGUUGAGUGUUUAGCGUAGUGAUACAUGUGCAGAUUUGUCUCGGCUUUGUACAUACCGUCUUGAUCUCGUGGCGAUGUGGAAUAUAGUGCAUCUAGUUUGGUUUAAAUAUUUAUGAUAUACAGCUUUUGAGUUAAUGGAAAUAUAGUCGGAUUGUGAUAAGUUGUUGAAUUUAACAUAUUCAGUUUCCUACUUAUAAGGCUGGUGUGAUUUGUCGAGUUAAAGUUGCAUUGUGGAAAUGAUCUCAUCGACAUACAUCGACUCUCGUCGUAUUGAACGCGGAUGUCUCGAAGUAACGAAUAUGAAAGUAACAAGUUAUUCCAACUGUGUCUCUACUGUAUGCAAUGUGGAACACGUCCUCCAAGCAGUUAGCUGAUCCUGCCAUACAUACAUCAUGGUAUAGGGCAUGGGCAGGUAUCGCACUCCGAAAUGAAAACUUGAAGUGUAGGAAACAUGGAAAGCUGGUGUGGUGACAGCAAUGUUUCCCAGAAACCAUCUUUACAUCUACAGAGAUUCCUCGUCAGUUCGGACACCUCGGGCUGAUUACCGAGCACUUUGCCAGCAUAACAAUGUAUCGAUAAUCCAGAUUUUGUCCAUGAGAACCCUACUUGUCCGGAUUUCAUUGAACCGUCAUUUAUUGACGAUCAGUCGUAUUUCAGUGUAUCGCCAUGACUGGCUGGAGUCACGGCUGUGGGUGUGGGGAUGGCCAGACGUAGCAUUGUUUCUCGGUCACGUCGUAACGGAAACUGACUGUGACGUCACAGAGUUACCCCCAUACUCCACUCUACACCAUGCGAGCUGAUAACACCCGCUUACAUGGGGGUUUUCUAGCUGUAGUCUCCGCUGAUAAGGUUGGGACAUUUACUGUUGAAAUCAGUCAGUUGAGACACUGUACACUCAAAGUAAACAACACUUUCAAGCAUUCAAACACUGCAGCGAAGGCAGAUAACAAUUGUUGAAAAUCCAGGUCAUUCAAUUCUGUUUUACAUGUUUGACACAAGUUGUAAAAAACCCGCAGUCUUUCUUCUCCCUGUGCGUGGGCGAAUAUACGUUCCGAAGCUAGGCGUGUCUUGCUACACACGCACAACAAAGAGAGAAUGCACUGAAAAGGAUAUUAAAAUAGAUUUGUAGAGUUUUCUGGAAGAAGAGUCAGUGUGCCUACAUGCAUGUUGGUCCUCGUUGACAAAAUGAUCUUAGCGGUCUUCGUAAUCACAGUUCCAAUCGCCUUAGUGCUAAAGAGAGAGGCGGUGGCCUGAGGGCAGUGGACAGAGCGUUCGCUCUUCACACGGAAGGUUCGCGUCCGAACAGGUUCGGUUAUACUGUGUACCAUUUCUACACGUGAAGCAAUACUUUAAACUUAUAUAAUGUACUAUUCAGCUGGUUAAAUCGGAUGUGUAAAUGACAACAUGUAAGAUUAUUACGAUAAAUGACAGUUUCCAUGAUGCUUCUUGAGAUGGGUAGCCGGCCUCCACUGCAGCGCCAAAGCAGGGCAAUCUCAUGGCGACAGUUGAGUACAUAGCAUUGUUGAGUCAUGCAGGUAUUGAAUUAGCCGCCCUUCUAUACCGCAACACAUUAACAUAACGCUGUACUUACCUGCUGGAUAUACGCGGUCACGUGACCUGCACAGCUGGCGGUACGCUGAAUACGACAUCAUGCCACCGUUUAUUGCCAAUAACAUCAACACCACCAAGUGAAUGGUGGAUCGUGACUUGAGUUUUAAUUUGGUACAGAAAGUAAACAAAACGAUACACAUAUAUAAUUGUAACGGUGCUUGUAAAUCAAUAUCUCGUCUCUCGUAAUGACAACAGGAUGGAAGUUCUUUCUAACACGUGGUGUAACUCAUAUUCAGUUUCAAUAGCAUGGAAUUAAUGCAUUUAAUGUCAGGUUUUACAGACGAGGGGUGGAGGUGGGUGGGAGAGACGCUGUGGGUGGGGUAGAGGUGUAUUCGACCAUCUUCAACACUCGUGUUGAAACAUAUUUGUGCAGUGUGACUUGUAUUUGGAGUCUAUAGUGAUUUAUGAUAAAGGCUUGAGUGUUUCUCUCCAGAUUUGACCUAUUUGUCAACAAUGAUCACUUUAUACGGUAAAAUGCUCUGUCAAAGUUGGAAAAAAAGAAAUUUUGAAAGGGUUUUCAUUUCAGAACCAAUAUUUAAAGACCUUUCAACACAAAUGUACUUAAGAAUUUACGUUGUUAUUGUGUUGGACGGGGCUGUUGACAGGGCGAAACGGUGCGAGAUUUACAAUCAGGUUUUCAGUGUAAACCCCAAGGCCUUAUUUAUCACGUGUUUCAAAUCACAGGGUUUCAGGGACUGUCGUUGAUAAAUUCCUGUCACUCGGAUACACUCUACCCCGUAUCUGGGGACACGGGUAUUGAGUGGUUGUGCAUUCGGUACACCUCGUCACUCUCCGUUCUGAAGGUAUCCCCUCGGUGCUGCUGAUGAAGGAAGAGCUGGGCCCACCUGCACGACCUGGACUAAGUUUUGAGACUAGCGUAACUCCGACCCGUCAACGUGGAAACACAAGGAUCUCUGUACACUUGUAUCGUGUGCCUUUAUAGAUGUUACGAUGAUCGUAAGGAGACAAAGGAAUUUAAGUUUAUUGUAACCUAUAUGAAACCUAUCGUGACACCGUAAUCCCAUUUGAACCAAGUUUCGACAUCGCAUUACAGGUCGUAUCUAUUCCUAUUCACGAACAGAUUAGUGUACUAAACUUUCACCAGACUGACAAUGCAAGGAUCGACUCCACAUUGUGUAGGUUUCAUACUGGUCGUGUUCAACAUCGCUCGGGAAACAUUCCAAUGCAUGUUUGUCAUAUAUAGUUUUCUGACCAGGACGAAGUUCAUGAAAUAGUUGUACCCGUCAGACGUGACGUGCAUGUCGGAUCCGAUCGUGACAGUUCGUGACAACUCGUGUCAUUCCGUAGAGUACGAAUGAUGGAUCGACACCGGUUGUCACUUGACUGGAGAUUACAUAGACUGGUUCUGUAGACGAUGUUAUAUCCUAGUGGCGCAUCCUAUUGAGGUGUUAUGUUUACUGCAUCUACCAACGUGCUUUAUUUGCUUAAAGAGGUGUAUUUAAAAGUGUUUUACUGCCAAUAUCAUUUAUCAUAUUUAACCACAUGCUGAUUAUUAGUUGACGAAAAGAGACGAGUGGUUACGAUUCGUCACGGAAUCAGGCCUGAAAUAUGCUUACAUUUUCGCUAUAUGUUAUGAAAUUUAGUUGCCCAUAAUUCCUUUUUCCAGCUGACUCUUACUGCGAGUGGUACUAGAAUGUUAUAUUCACCGUGCUUAUGGAAAUCAUAUCUUGUCACUGAGUUUGCCUUAGGUUGUAAAAACUACACUUGUUUGCAUAGAUAUUUAUUUUGCUAGUUGUACAGUAUGUAUGUGUGGAUGUCGAAGGGCAACGCCCUCGCGAGCUGCGUUGUACACUAGGAUAUUGUCCACGAGAGCUGCGUUGUACUCGGGGUAUAAUGUCCUCGUGAGCUGCGUUGUACACGGGGAUAUUGUCCACGUGAGCUGCGUUGUACUCGGGGUAUAUUGUCCACGUGAGCUGCGUUGUACUCGGGAGAUAAUGUCCCCGUGAGCUGCGUUGUACUCGGGGUAUAUUGUCCCCGUGAGCUGCGUGGUACUCGCGGUAUAAUGUCCUCGUGAGCUGUGUUGUACUCGGGGUAUAUUGUCCCCGUGAACUGCUUUGUACUCGGGGGACAAUGUCCCCGUGAGCUGCGUUGUAAAGAGUCGUGGAUUUGAUAUUUGUUAGACUGUCAAUUGUAUAAAGUGUACAGAAAGACCGACUAUAUUUUAUCAUGUCAUUUAUCGUUGUUAGAAUCUCUAAAUAAAGUCUGCUUGUCAAAAA